AUGGUCACCGCUUCGAGUGUUCUUGGCAGCACCAGUGCUGUGCUGGUGUCGCUGUUUAUAUUGCGUAAGGUUUUCCCCUGGAUUUAUCAAAACCUUAUCGGUCCAAAGGUGUUCGGCUGCCGCAUUAACCUGAAAAAGACCGGCGAAUGGGCCCUCAUCACCGGUGCAACCGAUGGCAUAGGAAAGGCGUACGCUCAGGCGCUUGCCCGAAAGGGUCUUAACAUUAUUUUGAUCAGUCGAACACUUUCGAAGCUCCAGGAUGUGGCUAAAGAAAUUGAAACGGAAUUCAAGGUGCGCACGAUGGUUAUUGCCGCUGACUUCACAAGUGGGACCGAAAUAUACGCACAAAUCCAACGACAAAUAGAGAAUAUGGAAAUCGGUGUGCUGGUUAACAACGUCGGCAUGAGCUACGCGAACCCCGAAUACCUGUUGGAAUUGCCGGACAAUGAAAAGCUCAUUAAGAAUCUGCUCAGCUGCAACAUUCUUUCAGUGACGCGCAUGUGUCAGCUAAUAAUGCCCGGCAUGGUAAAACGGCAUGCUGGUGUUGUGAUUAACAUUUCAUCGCUCUCUGCCGUCAUUCCCGCACCAUUGCUAACCGUAUAUUCUGCUUCAAAAGCGUACAUGGACAAAUUUUCCGAAGAUCUCGCCUCAGAGUAUACGAAACACAAUAUAGUGGUUCAAUCUGUUCUGCCGGGACCUGUAGCUACCAACAUGUCAAAGAUUCGAAAGAGCACAUGGAUGGCUUGCUCGCCAAAAGUGUUCGUAGCUAGCGCGAUUGACACUCUUGGUCACACUCGCCAAACUACGGGAUACUUUCCACAUGCUUUGUUAGAGUUAGCUAUCAAUAUGUUAAGCUUUGUUUCGCCACGCUUGACAGAAAAACUUACUAUAAACACUAUGCAAAACAUUCGCGCUAGAGCACUGAAAAAGUCCACUACCAAAUCAUCUGCACCAGGUGAUGCAACGGAACUAACCGCUUCGUCGCCGUAA